UACGCGCCUUUCCCCUCUCAGACGGAACCAUCUUUGAGGAGGUUUGCUAGCAUCAACUUUUCGAACAGUUUUGUAAAAUUGUCGCCGAUAUUAUGGAGCAAUCCGACCGUGAUAUAUUGCGAAAAAACAGGCAGGAUUUAUUGAAGGAUAUGGAGGCGAAAAGAGUCGCUUCGCGGCUUUACUCGAGAGGUAUUUUCAGCGAAGAAGAUAAGGACGAGGUGAACUCCAAAUCUACUACGAAUGAGCAAGGAGAAUGUUUGCUUGACAUUCUUCCCAAAAGAGGACCAAAAGCUUUCCGUGCCUUUUGCGACGUCUUACACGAAUUGUCUCCUCACUUGGAAUCACUUCUGAGGCCGGUUCAAGAAGCGGGAAUACCAAGUGAAGGUACUGAUGGUGGAAACAAGAACCCUAUCUCUAGCACUUCAAACCUUGGUGCAUCAGAAAAAGAUGAUUCAAUAGAGCAGUCACUUGAACAGAAUAGCAUUGGUUCCAAAUCUUCAUCAAGCAUGCCCGAUAGCAGUUUAAUCUACAGAAUGAAUCGCUCUCCAAGAGGCAUUGCAGUCAUCAUAAACAACAAAACAUUUCUUGAAUCCUCUGGACAGCAUUUAUCACCACGUGAGGGCACAGAUGUUGAUCGUGAUGCCUUAAAGAAGCUUUUCCAAAAGCUACAAUUUAAGGUGGAAAUCUACAACAACAUCACAAAACGUGAAAUAAGAAAUGUCACAGCAAAGAUGGCAACAGCUGAUCAUUCCAACUACGAUGCUUUUAUCUUCACUAUUCUGACACAUGGCGAGGAAGGUUUGGUGUAUGGAACAGAUGGCACAAUUUCAAUCAGGGACAUUGCCUCCAAGUUCAAAUCAAAUGCUUCAUUGGCUGGCAAGCCAAAGAUCUUCUUUUUCCAAGCUUGUCAAGGUCAGGAGUUCAUGGAGGGAUUGGAUGUUCCUGAUGGACCUCAGCCUUAUGAAAGUGUGACUGUCCCAGUUGAAGCUGAUUUCUUAUAUGCGUAUUCUACCGUACCAGGGUACUACUCAUGGAGAAACUCAACUCAUGGGUCUUGGUUCAUGCAAUCAUUGAUUAAAGUAUUUGAGGAGAAUGCCAAGCACAUGGACAUCCUCCAAAUGCUGACCAGAGUCAAUGCCAGUUUAUCUACCUAUAAAUCACAGACCUAUAACCCUAUCUCGAAAAACAAAAGGCAGAUAGCUUGUAUUGUCUCAAUGCUCAGAAAAGAGUUGUACUUUUUCCCUGAUGUGGAAGUUCACUCUCAAGAGGGACGUGACAAUUCAAAAUGUCCACUUUUCCAUUCAAAUAGCAAUAAUGUUUGGCUUACUGGCCAUUUAUUUCCGAGGAACAGGCCCUUGCCACAGGGGUUCUGUGAAAGUGCUGAUGAAGCUGAUGCUAAGCUGUUUGGCUUUGGAGGUGGUAGUGCAAGUGCCAAGCCUUCAUCAAGCACACUGGAUAAGGAGAUCAUUUACAAGAUGGAUCGCUCGACUCGUGGAAUUGCUGUCAUCAUUAACAACAAGAACUUCCUGAGGUCUUCAGGGAUGGAUCGUUAUCCACGUAAUGGCACUGAUGUUGACCGAGACAGCCUGGUGAAGCUUUUCAGAAUGCUGAAGUUUGAAGUCAAGAUUUACAAUGACCGCACCAAAGCUGAGAUACGUACCAUAACAAAGGAAAUGGCAACAUUGAAUCAUUCCAACUAUGAUGCGUUUAUCUUCUCCAUCCUGACACAUGGUGAAGAGGGUGUAAUUUACGGAACAGAUGGCACCAUUUCCAUCCGGGAUCUUACAGCAGAGUUUAAAUAUUCCACUUCUUUGGCUGGGAAGCCAAAACUAUUUUUCUUCCAAGCUUGUCAGGGACAUGAGUACAUGGAUGGUAUGGACGUCACUGAUGCUCCGCAAGAAAACAAAGUGUCUGUUCCAGCUGAGGCUGACUUCCUCUAUGCCUACUCCACAGUCCCAGGGUACUACUCAUGGAGAAAUUCUGUCAAUGGAUCCUGGUUUAUUCAGUCAUUGACAAAGGUGUUCGAGGAUAAUGCUGAGCGUAUGGAUAUCCUCCGAAUGCUGACCCGGGUCAAUGCCAUGGUGUCUACUUACAAGUCGCGAACCGGUGAUUAUUAUUCCGACAGCAAACGGCAGGUUUCUAGUAUUGUGUCAAUGUUACGGAAGGAACUGUAUUUCUUCCCUGAAAACGUUGAGCAGAGUUAAGAUGGACACUGUAGUACAAACAUUUUAGUUCCUAUAUCAUGAUGUAUGACCGUGAAAAUUAUUUUUUAUUGUGGAGAAUUGAAAUGAACUUAGAUAAGAGAAUCCUGUGUGGCUAGCCUUGUUAAAAACUUGUUGGAAUUUGUUUAAGAAAUAAAAAAAUCUUUGUUUCUAGUAAGUGAUAGGAACACAGAUGGAAGAAAUGUGUCCACAGCUUUUUUAGUUCUCCCAAACUUUUAUGGCUAUUUCUAUAAAUUGAAGAAACAGAGAAAAUGUUUUCUAUUUCUGUUAAAGAGCACUGUGGGAGAAAAAGAGGAAGUUUAAAUGACUUUGAAAGCCACUAGGUGAUCUUGUGCCCUCUGUUAAAAUAAAACAGAAUUCAAUAAUUUUGCCUUCUGUUAAUUAGGCCAGUUACAUCUGGCAACAUUGCAGAAUGGUUGAAAGUCUUAAUCGUUAUAGGCCUUAUUAAAGUUUUCUGUGCUAAACUGAUCAAGUGUGACUUGUGCACAGAAGAUUGGUUCAAACGCAGUUACUGUUGAAAAUUA